AUGAAUAUCUUCAGAUUCCUCGGCGACAUGACUCACCUGAUCAGUAUUCUAAUUCUGCUUCUCAAAAUCUACGCCACCAAAUCCUGCUCAGGGAUUUCUAUGAAGACGCAGGAGCUGUACGCUUUGGUAUUUCUCGCGAGGUACUUGGAUCUGUUCACGAACUUUGUCUCCGUUUACAACCUUAUUAUGAAGCUGGUCUUCAUAGCCAGCAGUCUCGCCAUUGUGUGGUGCAUGCGGAGGCAUCCUCUGGUCCGGCGUUCUUACGAUAAGGACCUCGAUACCUGCCGUCACUAUUUUCUCAUCGGCGGAAGCUUUGUGUUGGCCUUGCUUUGGCACGAGAAGUUCACAUUUGAGGAGAUCUUCUGGGCCUUCUCAAUAUAUUUGGAAGCAGUUGCAAUUUUUCCUCAGUUGGUGAUGCUCCAGAGGAGUGGCAAUGUGGAUAAUUUAACAGGGCAAUAUGUCUUAUUUCUCGGGGCCUAUCGUGGACUCUACAUCUUGAACUGGAUAUACCGUUAUGUGACUGAGAAGCAUUUCGGACGUUGGAUAGCUGUUAUCUCUGGUGUCGUACAAACAGCCUUGUAUGCGGACUUCUUCUACUACUACUUUUUGAGUUGGAAGAACAACGCAAAGCUUCAGCUACCAGCUUGA